AUGGCCGGUAGCCCAGGAAUGCAUGAUUGCCAUGAUGGAUAUAUCGAAAACCGAGAUGAUAUCCGAUUGAAAGAAACUGGGACCGAUGACAUCGCAGAUGAUGAGCAGAAAUACCCACCCACCGCAAAGCUGGUUCCUAUCCUUGUAGGACUGUGCUUUCAGUCUUUUUGCAUCGCGCUGGAUAACACCGUCCUUUCAACCGCAGUACCGAAAAUCACCGAGCAGUUCAAUUCCCUCGAGGACCUUUCUUGGUAUGCAAGCGCGUAUUUAUUGACGACAUGUGCGGUUACGCUUCCCUUCGGCAAGAUCUACACCUACUACUCGACCAAAUGGACGUAUAUGAUCGCCCUUGCACUUUUUGAGAUAGGGUCUUUGAUAUGUGCUGUGACACCCAACUCGAAAGGUCUGAUACUAGGAAGGGCCAUUGCUGGAAUUGGAUCGGGCGGAUUGUCUCCGGGCGCUCUGUUGGUGCUGGCCAACAGCUUGCCACUUCACCGACGAGCGCUAUACUUUGGAAUCAUUGGCAGUACCAGUGGAAUUGCGACAGUGACAGGACCAUUAUUGGGUGGUCUGUUGACUGACAAGGUCAGCUGGAGAUGGUGCUUCUACGUCAACCUUCCUCUCGGAGCAAUUACCGCGAUAUUCAUUACACUUUUCUUCAAAGACUCAUCGACUCAAACCAAAAUCGAGCCCGGAAAAAUGAACCAAAUAAAGCGGAUGGACCCAAUUGGAAUUCUCACGUUUAUUCCUGCCAUUGUUUGUAUCUUGCUAGCUCUUCAGUGGGGAGGCACCAAAUACGAAUGGUCCAACGCACGGAUCAUUGCAAUGUUUGUUCUCUUCGGUGUCUUUGGGUCUAUAUGGUGCGCCGUUCAACUCUGGAAACAAGAAGAAGCAACAGUUCCGCCCCGACUUCUCAAAGACCGCAAUGUCCUUGGCGCCGUAAUCCAUGCCAUGUUCCUGGGAGGUUCAUUCUUUGUAUUUGGUUACUAUCUCCCCAUCUGGUUCCAAGCUAUCCAAGAAGACUCGGCAUCAGAGUCAGGGAUCAACAGCCUUCCCAUGGUCGUAACAAUGAUUGUCUGCUCGGCAAUUGGUGGACUACUCGUGAAUCUCAUCGGAUAUUACACACCAUUAAUGUUCUUUGGAAGUGCCCUUCUAACAAUCGGAUCAGGGCUCUGCACCACUUUCAAAGUCAAUACUGGGAACGGCCUAUGGAUUGCCUAUCAGAUAAUUAUAGGGAUGGGCGCAGGAGUGGGAUUCCAGCAGUGUAUAAACGCUCUACAAACCGUAUUGCCGCUACAUGACAUCCCGGUCGGCAUCGCAAUCAUUACUUUCGCUCAGAGUCUGAGCGGGGCCCUAUUCAUAUCUAUCGCUCAAAAUGUCUUUCAAAAUCGACUUGUCGCCAAUUUGAGACACGUCGCACCUAAUGUCAACCCAGCGGCCAUCAUUCAAGCUGGCGCGGCGAACCUGGCAGAUCGACUUCCGCAAGAAAUCCUUCCAACAGUUCUGUACGCGUACAACAUAGCCGUUACUCAGACUUUCUAUGUGUCUGUAGCUGCCGCCGCACUCUCCUUCUUUGGAGCUGGACUCGUGGAGUGGAAAUCUAUGAGACGAACCAAGAAAUGCGAUUGA